UUCCACUCCCGUCAGCCAAAUAAAAGGGAAAGGGUUUUGUAAAGUAUUGCGUUUGGUGGCUUUCCGUAUACUGUUGAGUUUCGGAGGCAAAGUAGGGUUUUGCGCAUCUGUGAGAGAGACAAAGAUGGGAAGAGAAAGAGAGGCAACGAAAGUAGCUUACACAGUGGAGCAGCUUGUAGCCUUCAACCGAUACAAUCCCGAUAUCCUUCCAGAUCUCGAAAACUAUGUCAACGACCAGGUUUCAUCGCAAACUUACAGUCUCGACGCGAAUCUGUGUCUUCUGCGCCUCUACCAGUUUGAACCAGAGAAAAUGAGUUCCCAGAUUGUGGCCCGCAUAUUGGUUAAGGCUCUCAUGGCAAUGCCAGCUCCAGAUUUCAGCCUUUGUCUCUUUUUGAUUCCAGAACGCGUGCAAAUGGAGGAGCAGUUCAAGACUUUGAUUGUUCUCUCUCACUAUUUGGAGACAGGAAGAUUUCGGCAGUUCUGGGAUGAAGCAGCAAAAAGUCGACAUAUAGUUGAAGCUGUUCCAGGAUUUGAGCAGGCAAUUCAAGGCUAUGCAAUUCAUGUCCUUUCCUUGACUUACCAAAAGAUUCCUAGAACUGUGCUUGCUGAGGCAAUCAACAUAGAAGGAUUAUCUUUGGACAAAUUCCUUGAACACCAAGUAGCCAACAGUGAUUGGGUUAUUGAGAAAAGCCAAGGCAGGGGACAAGUCAUUAUCCUUCCUAGAAAUGAAUUUAAUGACCCAGCUUUAAAGAAAAAUGCCGCAGACAGUGUACCAUUGGAGCACAUUACUCGCAUCUUCCCUAUUCUUAGUUGAUUUUUUUCUAUGGUAGACUGUCAAUUUUCUUCCCUGAGAUCAGUUGGAGCAACAUGUUGCAGUCUCCAUUCGCCUUGGAUGCUUCAAUUUGAGAAUUAGUGGACAGCUAUUGUAGUUUUUACUUAUGUUUUGUAUUCCUUUCUUAAAAUUAUUUUGCUUUGCUAUGCUUAAUUAUUCGUUGAACAUAUUACCUGUUCUCUUUAAUGUGUCUAUAAAUUCUCCGGCAAGUUUGGUGA